GGAGGAGACCACUUCAAAAAAAAAAAAAAAAAACCAGGGAGGAGAAAACGUAAAAAAGAGAGGGGAAAACUAGACCCCCUCUCCUCUGCUCCCUCGCUAAUCCCGAUCCCGAUCUCCCCGCAAACCCACCUCGCCGGCUCUCCCCCACUCGCCGAUCCAGAUCUCCUCCACCUCUCCACUUCCCCACUCCAACCGGACGCCUCCGCCGUCGCCGGCGGCGGCCGCGCCCCCCGAGGAGGAAGCCUCUGCCCUACCGGGAGCGGGCGCCGGCAAUGGAGCAGCUGCGGACGAUCGGGCGGGAGCUGGCGAUGGGGUCGCAGGGCGGGUGGGGGCAGUCCAAGGAGUUCCUCGACCUCGUCAAGUCCAUCGGCGAGGCGCGCUCCAAGGCGGAGGAGGACCGCAUCAUCGCGCGCGAGCUCGAGCACCUCAAGCGCCGCCUCGCCGAUCCCGACGUGCCCCGCCGCAAGAUGAAGGAGCUCCUCCUCCGCCUCGUCUACGCUGAGAUGCUCGGCCACGACGCCUCCUUCGGUCACAUCCACGCCGUCAAGAUGACCCACGACGAGUCGCUCCCGCUCAAGCGGACCGGGUACCUCGCCGUCGCGCUCUUCCUCGACGAGCGGCACGACCUCGUCAUCCUCGUGGUCAACACCAUCCAGAAGGACCUCAGGUCCGACAACUACCUCGUCGUCUGCGCAGCACUCACCGCCGCGUGCCGCCUCAUUGGCGAGGAGGCCAUCCCCGCCGUGCUGCCACAAGUUGUAGAGCUGCUUGCACACCCUAAGGAGGCUGUGAGGAAGAAGGCCGUCAUGGCGCUGCACCGAUUCUACCAGCGAUCCCCCUCCUCUGUUUCCCACCUUGUCUCCAACUUCCGCAAGAGGCUCUGUGACAACGAUCCUGGCGUGAUGGGUGCAACCCUGUGCCCCCUCUAUGACCUGAUCUUGGAGGAACCAAAUUCAUACAAGGAUUUGGUUGUUAGUUUUGUUAACAUCCUCAAACAAGUUGCAGAGAGGAGGCUUCCUACUUCCUAUGAUUAUCACCAGAUGCCUGCACCGUUUAUUCAGAUAAAACUAUUGAAGAUACUUGCUGUGCUGGGUAGCGGUGAUAAACAAGCAAGUGGACAUAUGUACACGGUAUUGGGUGAUAUAUUCAGGAAGGGUGACACUGCAAGCAAUAUUGGAAAUGCUAUACUGUAUGAAUGCAUAUGCUGCAUUUCAUCCAUUUUCCCAAACCCUAAGAUGCUAGAGGCUGCAGCUGAAACGACAUCAAAGUUUCUGAAGAGUGAUAGCCAUAAUCUUAAGUACAUGGGUAUUGAUGCUCUUGGCCGGCUAAUAAAAAUAAAUCCAGAUAUUGCGGAAGAGCACCAAUUGGCCGUUAUUGAUUGUUUAGAGGACCCUGAUGACACUUUGAAGCGCAAGACUUUUGAGCUUCUUUAUAAGAUGACAAAGUCAACAAAUAUUGAAGUGAUUGUUGAUAGAAUGAUUGAGUACAUGAUCAACAUAACUGAUCAUCAUUACAAGACAGAAAUCGCAUCACGUUGUGUUGAACUUGCAGAGCAAUUUGCACCUAGCAAUCAGUGGUUCAUCCAGACCAUGAAUAAAGUCUUCGAGCAUGCUGGAGAUCUUGUCAACAUAAGAGUGGCACACAAUUUGAUGCGGCUUAUUGCUGAAGGCUUUGGUGUGGAGGAUGAAGGUGCUGACAGUCAACUAAGAUCAUCAGCUGUAGAUUCCUAUCUCCGCAUCGUGGGAGAGCCAAAGCUUCCUUCUUCUUUCCUGCAGAUAAUAUGCUGGGUUUUGGGAGAAUAUGGAACGGCAGAUGGGAAGUAUUCAGCUUCUUAUAUCAUUGGAAAGUUGUGUGAUGUUGCAGAGGCCCAUCUCACAGAUGACACUGUCAAGGCGUAUGCAAUCUCGGCGAUUUUGAAGAUAUUUGCAUUUGAAAUUUCUGUCGGAAGGAAGAUUGAUAUGCUGCCUGAGUGCCAAACAUUGGUAGAUGAAUUGUCAGCUUCGCAUUCAACAGAUUUGCAGCAACGGGCAUAUGAACUACAGGCUUUACUAGGUUUGGACAAACGUGCUGUUGAAAGUGUUAUGCCCGCAGAUGCAAGCUGUGAAGAUAUUGAGGUUGACAGAAACCUCUCAUUUCUAAACAGUUAUGUGCAGCAAGCCUUGGAAAAUGGUGCGGCCCCUUACAUUCCGGAGAGCGAACGCUCAGGUGUGAUGAGUGUUGGCAGCUACAGAAGCCACGAACAACAGGAAGCAUCUGCCCAUACUCUUAGAUUUGAGGCCUAUGAGAUGCCUAAACCUUCGCUGGCACUAGCAACCUCACAAGUCAGCAUGUCCACACCACCUACUGACCUGGUUCCAGUUCCAGAUCCUGGUUACCAUAAGGAAGACCACCAAACAUCAAGGUCCCAGCCUUCAGGUGAUGCGAUUUCUGGUGAGUUUGGUGUCAAACUUCGUCUUGAUGGGGUUCAAAAGAAAUGGGGAAGGCCAACCUAUUCCUCUUCUACACCUUCAAGCUCAGCGUCUAGCCAACAAGCAACCAACGGGGCCUCUCAUUCUGAUGGGGGAGGCUUAACCAGUUCGCAGGCGCGGGAGUCCUCCUAUGGUUCAAAGAGACAGCAGGGCACAGAAAUUUCAGCAGAAAAGCAACGGCUUGCUGCUUCGCUUUUUGGUUCAGCAGCUGCUAAAGCUGACAGGAAAGCACAAGCUUCUCGAAAGGCUUCAAAGGAAAGUGCAUCAGCGGACAAAGCAACUGUGAGUAGUGCAGCACCCCAACCCAUUAAAGAGCAAGUAAUCCCCGCUGCCCCACCGCCUGAUCUGCUGGAUCUGGGUGAUGAGCCAGUCUCAUCAAGUCCUCCGUCAGCUGACCCUUUCUCACAGCUAGAGGGGCUUCUUGGACCAGCAUCGGCCACUCCGGUGGUUUCUGGAGCUCUGGCUACCAGCACUUCCAAAGCACCAGAUCUUAUGUCGAUCUUCUCAGAUGAUGUACCAACUGGAGCGACCAGUGAAUCCUCUGAUCCUGCUCUAGGUGAUGUUAAUUUGAUGAGCUCGCUCAAAGGAGCAACUGCAGCGGCUGCAAAGAAGGGUCCUAGCCUUCAAGAUGCCUUGCAAAAGGAUGCGACUGCACGACAAGUAGGUGUGACACCAACAGGGAACAAUCCCAAUCUUUUCAAGGACUUGCUAGGCUAGAGGAUACACCAGAUGCUGUGUGGUCUCUUUUGAGCAAAUGGAGCUAAUAUCCAACAUGGUCCGAUCACAGAAAUGGCCAUGAUCGAUCUUGCUGAGGUUACAAGGGGUAUAUUUGUUGAGUCACAAGACACGACAUUCCCCCCUUUUCAAUUGGGAGGGGGAUGUGCUGCUGAGAUUUGUGGAUGGUUGCGGGUAUUUUUCUUUCCUCUUGCGUUUUUUCACAUGGUAAUUUUCUGCUGAGACUAGUGUACAUGAUGAUGAUGUGUAAUUGUACAUGAGACCAUGGUCCAGAAGUGUGUGCCGGCGCUUUUUUUGUUCAGCUGGGAGAGGGGGCCUGUCCAUCUGUGCUUUUAGAGUUCCCAACAUUGGAUGAUUGGAUAUACAGAGUACAGUACAGUAGCUGGCACUGGAAAAGUAGAAUAGUCGUGUCAUUUUCUCUGGGACUGGGUGGAAUAAAAUGUAUAAGGUUGUUGGUCACGUCCGUGUUGUUUUAGCUGAUGAGAAGCUUUGCCGGAUUUUAACGUAUAGCUAAUGAGAAGCAACACCGGUGUUUGUUUUUUCAGAUUCAAUCAAACAUGUUGCAACGAGGUAGGGCCAUGGGAUAUUCAGUGUUUA